AUGACUUCUCAGUCUACUGCCAAUGUCGUUGGUGUUCAUUAUAGAGUCGGCAAAAAGAUUGGCGAAGGUUCCUUCGGUGUCAUCUUUGAAGGAACGAAUCUCUUAAACUCUCAGACUGUCGCCAUUAAGUUUGAACCGCGAAAAGCUGAAGCACCGCAAUUGCGCGACGAAUGCCGUUCAUAUCGUAUCUUAGCUGGAUGUACUGGGAUUCCUCAAAUCUACCACUUCGGGCAAGAAGGCCUGCACAACAUCCUAGUGAUUGACCUGUUAGGCCCAAGUCUUGAAGACUUGUUCGAUAUGUGUGGGAGGAAGUUUUCGAUAAAGACCGUCUGCAUGGCCGCUCGUCAGAUGGUCUCUCGUGUACAGACAAUACAUGACAAGAAUCUGAUCUACCGCGACAUCAAACCAGACAAUUUCUUGAUAGGCCGGCCAGGAACAAAGGGUGCCAAUAUCAUCCAUGUCGUCGAUUUUGGAAUGGCGAAGCAAUAUCGGGAUCCCAAAACGAGGGCGCAUAUUCCGUAUCGGGAAAGGAAAAGUUUGAGCGGCACAGCUCGGUAUAUGAGUAUUAACACUCAUUUGGGGCGAGAACAAUCACGCCGCGAUGACCUCGAAGCUCUGGGUCAUGUUUUCAUGUACUUUCUACGUGGAAGCCUUCCAUGGCAAGGUCUCAAAGCCGCCACGAAUAAGCAAAAAUACGAGAAAAUAGGAGAAAAGAAGCAGACGACACCGAUCAAGGAACUUUGUGAAGGUUUCCCAGAGGAGUUUGGUAUAUAUCUGAACUAUGUUCGGAAACUUGGCUUUGAGGAAACACCUGACUAUGAAUUCUUGCGCGAGUUAUUCACCAAAGUGAUGAAGAACAACAACGACGCGGAUGACGGCGUUUUCGAUUGGAAUUUGCUCAAUGGAGGCAAAGGUUGGGAAGCCUCAGUGGGUCAUCAGCAAAUCUUGAACCAAAUGCAAAACCAAGGAUUGACCGCUUCACCGAAUGAUCGUCGGAGGGAAGAUAGAAGGCGCGCUUCUCAAGGGGGAAAUAUAGCUCCACCUUCACCAGCUCUGGUCACUCCUCACUCAGCCGCCGCACAAGUCAACGUGCCUAUUGGAACACCACAUCGCGGGAACAGUCAACAUCCCUAUGCGAACGUUUCAGGAGGAGGGUAUGAUUAUACUGCUGCCGAGGACGGUUAUGGCACGCAACAACAAUACGGUCGUACUUCACCAAUGGUGUCUAGUGUGGCUGCACCUCCAGCCCUCAGUAAUGUGCGGGCCAGGGCAGGUGACCUCGGAGUAUCACGGGGUGAAUACGACGGUCAGAACAUUGACGAACCACCUCCGAAGAUGACAUUAAUGAGAAUUUUUACCUGCCGUUGUGGUUGA